UCAACCCCUGGCCUGUGAACUUGUUCACCCUUCCCCUUCUCCUUACUUCUCACUCUCUUUCCAAAACACUCCCUUUCUCUUUCCCCUUACCCUUCUUCUGUGUGUGAUGAUGUAGAUAGAGAAUAAAAAGAGACCAGUGUGCAGUGAGAAAGAGGUUGGUCACUUCUUGUGUGGCUUUGUUUUGUUCUUUGUGUUGGAAUUUGUUGAUGGGUGAAGAGGGAGAAGAGGUGUCAAGAGAUAAGGAACAGCAACACAUGGGAGUUUAUGGAAAUGAGUGGUUGUUUAGUAGUUUCUGUGCAAAUUGGCGCCGUUUAAGACACCAGAAUUCCUGUUCUAUGCCUCCUUUUGAGUGAAAAAAAAAAAACAUCAAAACAAAAACUUGUUCUCUCUCAGCUUUUCAUCUUCCGAUCUUAAUAUACAUUGACUAAAAGAAAAAUAAAGGGAUCAAAUUUAAGUUCCUUGAUCUAAUAAGAUCCUUGCUUUUAAUUGUACUACUCAUGAAGAGACUUGGCAGUUCGGAUACACUGGGUGCUCUCAUGACGAUUUGUCCACCAACAGACGAACACAGUCCGAGGAACAACCACGUGUAUGGGAAGGAGUUCCAGUCCAUGCUGGAAGGACUCGACGAAGAAGGGUGCGUGGAAGAAGCAGGGCACCACUCUGAGAAGAAACGACGACUAAACGUAGAUCAGGUGAAGGCCUUGGAGAAGAACUUCGAAGUAGAGAACAAACUGGAACCUGACCGAAAGGUGAAGCUCGCGGAAGAACUCGGCUUGCAACCAAGACAAGUUGCGGUUUGGUUCCAAAACCGCCGUGCCAGAUGGAAAACAAAGCAAUUGGAAAGAGAUUACGGCGUCCUCAAAGCCAAUUACGGAUCACUUAAACUUAACUUUGACACCCUCCAACAAGACAACGAAGCCUUACUCAAACAGAUAAAGGAAUUGAAAUCGAGGCUGGUGCAAGAAGAGAACAACAACAACACUGAAAGCGAUGUUUCGGUGAAGGAAGAGAUGAUAGCCACUCUGCAGGAUAGUAACCCGCUCUGUGAAUCCGCCAUUCCUGGAUCGGACUCGAAGGAGUUGAGUUACGAGUGUUUCAACAAGAGUGAUGAGGUGGGAGGGGGUUCUGUGUUCCCUGUGGAUUUCAAAGAUGGGUCUUCUGAUAGCGACUCAAGUGCGAUCUUGAACGAGGAGAACAACCACAGCCCCAACAACAACGCGGCGAUUUCGUCGUGUGGGGUUCUGCAAAGUCACGGGCUUUUGUCGUCGCCUUCUUCUUCGUCGAUGAACAACUGUUUCCAGUUCCAGAAACAGUACCAGACGACGACGCAGUACGUGAAGAUGGAGGAGCACAAUUUUCUCAGCGCCGACGAGGCCUGCAAUUUCUUCUCGGACGAACAAGCACCAACUCUGCAGUGGUACUGUUCAGAGGAAUGGAGUUAAGAGGGAAGAAGAAGAAGCUUAAUUAAUUGAGAGCGAGGGAGGGAAUAGAAAGAAUAAGGCAUUUUGCAGGGUGUAUAGUAAUGGGAUGGAGAGAGAAACAUUGUAAAAAUGAAAUGGUCAAGGAUUGAAGAAGAGAGGGAAAUUGAAGAGCUUGAGAGAGAGGGGAUGGGGUUGAAGCACGCAUGGCGUGGGGUCGGAGAUGAGAGGUUGAUGACGAUAAAAAAAAGGGGGGUAAUAAUAAUCAUCAACAUCCGUGCGGGGAAAGGGGAGUAAUUUAUGAAUAAUAAUAAUGAUUAGGUCGUAAUGAAGUGAAAUCUAUCUAGUGAGUAAUGCUGUAAAAAAUCCACAAUUCACCUCUGCUUCCACCUUUCUUUCUAGCUCUCACCAGUUUUAUCGGCUUUUGUAUUUCUAUAUCUAGAUUAAUUUCUUUUAUAAAAAAUCUGGAAUUAAAUAUU